AUGUCAUACCUUCUUUUUUCGUUUCUUAUUAUUCUGUGUAGCUUAAAUACCUGUGGUCUGAGGGCGAUUCUUUCCUCAGACUCUUACCCUUUGGACCACAGUCCUGUCGUUAUAGAGCUUCUUUUUGGCACUCUCUCUGUGCCAGUCGCUUCAUUGUCACUGCGCUCAACAACAAUUCCUUGUGUAUUAGAUACUAGCUUCAGCACCCCUGCAUUAGAGGCUGUUUUAGUGUUGUGCUCGGCACUUAGAGUCACCUCUAGCAUAUCACCGGAACUCAUAAUAUCACCCCCACAUUCUCCCCUACCCCUGAUCCACAAAGAAUGCGAAGGAGUCAUUUUCCCAGACAGAGAGUUGUACCUGACAGCCCCUGUUGCAUACCUCAUGGGGCUCAUAGAAGGAUUGCCAAGCACAAAGUUUGUCUUAGGACCUACCUGA